UUUUUUGUUGUUGUUGCAGAGAAUCCGAGUGAUUUUUUUUACUCCUGUCUGCCAAUUGAAAAAAAAAAGAAAAAAUGCAGAAGAGAGGAAUGGCAGGGUUGAUAUGAGCACACCUGGUCAGAAACUAGUUGGGUACUGGUUGCCCGAAAGGAAAAAACAAAAGUUGGACCUUGAUGGGGUCGCACAAAUCCUCAGACGCAGCAAUGUGGAGUUCCGGGAGAUUGACGUGCAUCAACCGCUGGUGUCCCAAGGGCCAUUUGAUGUCAUUGUGCACAAGCUUGAUUCCAUGCUCCCAACAACUGACGAGGACGGAGAGAAGAUUGAAACUGUUUUGAAGGGUUUUGAAGACUACUGUGCCAAAUAUGAUGUGGAGUUGCUGGAAGCUCUGGGUCCAGGGGAUGUCUUGAGAGAUAGAUUGGCCAUGUGUCAUUUGCUGGCUGAAGUUUCCAGCGGGAUGAAAGGCGUUUUUACCCCGCCGUUUGCCUUGCUGGUGAGACCUGAUGUGAAUGAAAACCGCCAGAUUCUAAAGGAAGCUGGUGUCAGCUUUCCAUGUGGCAAGUAUCAAUUUACUUAUAUUCUUUUAUUCCCGAAUUGCUGAAACCUUUGGAGUCCAAGUCACACCAUAUGGCCAUGGUAUUCCAUCCUGGGGACCUGGACAAAUUUGAGUACCCGUGUGUAGCCAUGUCGUUUGUGAACCACGAUGCAAUUCUCCACAAGGUCUUCAUUGUGGGGAAUGAAGUCGAAGUGGUGUUGAGGCCAUCCAUUCAGAAUUUAAUUGCUGGCGAUUUGCCUAUGGAGCGGUUUCACUCUUCAAGGGUCUCCAAACCCGAUGCUGAUCAUCCAUUGAUUGGCCCAUGUGCUGCAACGCGACGUCGUCGAGCUGACAAUGCCAAGCGAUUGGACUUUAAUAUCGCAGCAGCCAUUGGGAAACGGUGUCGGGAAAGAACUGGGAUGAGGCUUUUGGGUGUGGACGUGGUGGUCGAUUCCACGACUGGUCACUACGGCCUCAUUGAUAUCAACAAAUUCCCGGGAUACGAGGGUAUGGAGAACUUGGCCCAGCACAUGGCCAAACUAUUGCUGCAAGUGCUUAAAGAACGAGAUGCCGGAGCAUUCAUCCUUGGGUCUUCUGAGCAUCACUGCCAGAUGGAUUAACCGCAGACUUGGAAUUUUAUUUUCAUACUCACCCCCAAUGUGUUAACUCACCCCGCCCAAUUUUUGUUUUGUUUUUAUAAUGCCAACGCAAGUUGCGAAACUGCUGCAGAUAUUCAUUCAUCUCAGGAAGAAGAGGGAUGAGGAGAGAGAUUUAAACGAAGGGGGGGCUAUUGGUUUUGUACGGAUUCGGGAAAAAGGAAAAAAAAAAAGAACCCUGGUACUUUCAGUGUGAUAUAACCUCUGCAUUACUUGGGUUUCUCCGCAGUUCAAUAAAGAGAGCAGGAAUACUCACGGAUGUCGGAAAAGAAAAAGGAAAAUCCGAGGCUUGAGAAGGAUUACUUUUGCUUGAAUAUUUCAUUCAUUUUCUUUCUUGGCAUAUCUUGGUCUUUCUUUUAUUUUAUGGAAAAAAAGAGGUGUGUGAUCUGUAUGGUGUGUCUCAGGAGGUGCUGGGGGUGGUGUGAAGAUGUCGCGCUUUGUCCUGAAGCCGUCUGCGCUGAGCAAACAGGCCUCUAAGCUGGAGUAUUAUGCUACUGAUGACGCAGGAAGUGCGAAAAAGCCGCGACUGGACACAGACAAGGAUCCGGAAGAAACAGACGAGAAGAGCAAAUCCGAAGAGAAGCGGAAUGAAAGUGAGAACCAGAACCCCAAGACGGGUGAGAUGGUGAAAUUGCCUGCGGCCCCGGUCUUUAUGCCAGACGCACCCGUGGUUCUCCCACCCUCGGCAACUCCUUCCCAAUUUAUCUUUGGCACAAACGUGAGAGACCGUGUGGUUGGUGUGGAUCUGAAUGCCGAGGAUGCCAGCAAGGAAGACGAUUCCGAGAACAAUGGUCUCAACAAUGGCGAGAAGAGGGCUGAGGAACCUGAAUUGAGCAAUAAUGGUGAAAGUGGCGGAGAAGAAGGUGCCAAGAGCCUUUCCGAAAGCGCCGCGGAAUACGAGCGACGCCGCGACGAGGCCCAAGGCGAGCAGCGACGUCUCCUCUAUUCGGAAGUCGUCGUCACGACCGGGGAAGAAGGCGAGAAGAACGUUCUUCAUUUAUCCUGCAAACUCUAUGCCUUUGACGCCGCCGACCACAAUUGGGUGGAGCGUGGACGCGGGGAAUUGCACCUCAACGACGACGUCGUCGACGACGACGGAGACGGAGAACCCGGAAAAGGCGGCGGUGGGAUGUCGAGGAUCGUGAUCCGAACCCAGGGAUCCCUGAGGGUCGUGCUCAACUCCCGCGUGUUUCCCGAAAUGACGGCGCGACGGGUGCGGGAGAAGACGGUGGAGUUCACGGCCGUCGCCGACGACGCCGUGGUCAAGAUCUUCCUGGUCCAGCUGUCCAAUGCUCACGAUGCAGAGUUGCUGCAUCGCAGUCUGGAGGAACGGAUCCGACGACUGCGCGGAACAACAACAACGACGACAACGAAAGCAGUCGCUGCGCGGAGUACAAGAGAAGAGCGAGAUGAAGAAGAAGCAGCAGCAGUAGCAGCAGCAGACAUAGUGGAAGGGGAAGAAGAAAACGAAAGUAGAAAAGAGGAAACGGCUCUCUGAUCUUCCCAUUCUUUCCCAGAAAGAAUUGUGAAGGAGGAGAGAAGAAGCCGGCUUUUUCCAUCUUCCCAGUGUAAUGUGACAGCCUUUGAAUGGAAAAUCGUGUGUAAAGGGAAAAACUGUUUUUUUUUUCUCUCCUCAAAUGAGACGAGUUUUAUAAUUAUUUUAGAAAACUUAUAUGAAGUGUUCAGUUUAAACUCAUAUUGAAGUCCUUGUUGAGAGACCUACUUGACUUACGUUAUUUUGUUUUUUUUUGGAGGUCUUAUUCUAGCAUUUAUGUCUAGUCUUCAUUUUAAAAGUACUGUAUCAGGUCUUAUUUCACUCAGAUUUUAUUUUGAAGUCUCAUCUUAUCUUGAAGAAUCUUGGAAUAAUGAAUUUUAGAAGAUUCUUAUGUUGACCAAUUUUUUAAAGAAGCUCGGGGUUAUUGACGACCUAAUAUAAAUGAGCUUAGUUUUAGGGUGCGAUGACUCUUUUUAUUUUGAAAAUACGAUGGUUAUGAGUUCUGGUUAUGCUUUCAUUUCUUAGGGACUUACAGAUUUUCUUCUCAAUAAAAAGAUCCGAACCAAGGAAAUAUCUUGGUAGAACAGGUCUGAGUUGAAUAUUCCGUGUGCUGAGUUUACCACAUGUAAGAUAGUAUAUUGGAGAAUUAAGCGACGGUUAAUUUUAUUGAUCAGUAGGAAAAUGGAGUAAUUGAAUAAAUGAGUUUUUAUUUCGGUAUUGACAAGUUUCAGCGGUUUUUUGGUAUUCAGAAAAAAGUGUAGAAUGGAUUCGCUGGAAAAUCCAAAUAUAAUUCUCAAUUCCUGAUUUGUCGGAUGAUUGAAAACUCUUCAGAGCGCAAAGGUUUGUUUUAAAGACCUGGGUGCCCUUGUGGGGCUUCUCGAACUAAGAUUUGAAUUGUAAAACGUCACAAUAACUGAGUUCUUUUUUUUUCUGAGGACAGGUUGUCAUGUUACACUGGCAGUUUCUGCAGUUGUGCUUUUUUCUGCAGUUUUUCUUCUACAUGCUUCUUUGUAUGCGCGUCUUGAAUCCAGGGUUUUGUGAGUGCUUUUUAUGAGAGAAUGAGGUAUGAGGAAAUAUAUUCCGCUCGACAAUUUCAUGAAAACAGA